AUUUUGAGCUUAUCUAGAGCAGUUGGUUGCACAGUCGUGUUGCUUUGGUAGUUGGAUGCUCAAUAAGGUGAUGGUACUUUCACCAACAACAAGGGCUGGCCUUGUACGUGGGUUUAGAACAUGCUCUGGGAGGUAUCAGGCUGUUGGGAAACCACUGGAGCAGCGAAGCCGGAAGGAACAGCAAGAGAACGUGCCUGUGGAACCAGAUACAGCUACGAAGAGUGAGGAUAUCGAGGGUAAUGAGGGGAAACCUUUGGAGUCAGCUGUUGAGAAAGUUCGUGCUGGGCUGGAAAGCGCUAGAAAGAAGGCCUUCCAGGAGUUACGAGGUGAUGUUAGGAUCAAAUCUCUGAAAGAGAUCUCUGAGGAGAAUGACAAGCUGAUGGUCUCACGGUACAUCAGACCUCUGAGAAAAUGGUCUUAUGAGAUAAAAGCCGACUCGCUGAAUCACCUGAAACGGUCAGGUCUCGAGAGUGAGCAAAUUAGCAGUGUCAUGGACGGAUAUACAGCAGGGAUCAUGUCACAGGCUCUAGGUAAGCCAAAAGUGACAGUAACUGCGUCAGAUCUGUUCGAACCUCUUGACGCUGGUGAUGCUGUGGAACUAUCAAGCUCUCUAAACCAGUCAGUGCUAGCGGUUAUUGUAUCGGUUCCCUUCAGCGAUAACGAUCCUCGUUAUACAGUGAUGACACGUCUUGGUGAGCUAUUUUGGUUAGAGAAAUCUGCAUUCAAGUUCCGUAUACCUCGUGUGAUCCCUAAACCAUGGCUCAAGGACAUUGUUAAAAAGACCACUGAUCCGUCAGCAGAUUAUGGAAGUAUAAAAACGUCACCAAAGGGAUUUGCGAGAUAUAUGGUGAACCCUCUGGCAAGACAAAUUAUUUCACAACCGUUGAUUGAUAUUACGAAGGCUGCUUGGGAUAACAUCCAACAAACUUCAAGAAAGCUGGAGAUUAUACACCGACUACUGGAGACAAAUGGACCAAGACAGGUGUCCCUUCUGACACUUGUGAAUGCUACAGCUGCUAUUUCUCUGAAAGAAUUUGAAAAUCAGAUUAAUGAACAAGGGGUGAUAUUGGCGUAUAAAAACCUUGCUCAGUCUCUUCAGCUAUCUUGUGGUGUUGACUUUGGAUCCGGCUUGUUAAAACCUCUCUUGGGUAAAGAGUAUGGCAGUGUGAGUAUCUCAAACGAAUAUGACAUCGCAUUGCUUUAUUCGGUUGUCUUGACGCUAAGAAAACAAACAGCGUUAUGGUCGACUCAAAAUCAAUCAAGAAGUACAUUUGUUCCAUUGUCUGUAACUGUCUUGCCGAUGAAGUAUAAUUUGAGGAUAACAGAGGUCUUAGAGGCACUGAGGAGUCCAGCUGGCGAAAGAAUGAUACACCAAUUCAAACAAUACAUUGAAAGUGGGAAUUAUACUCCUCCUGGGAAAGAAGUCAAAGAUUUGAUGUUUCUGUUGAAGGAAUAUGCUGUUGGAAAUAUCUCAGAUCCCAUUAGUGAGACGGUUAUCUGCCAGGUGAUGAAAAGACUUUUCAGUACGAGAGUCACCAAGACACUGGUAUGGGAUACUCUUGUGAAAGUUGGCUAUAUAGACUCAACAUUGGUUAAUCCCCAACAUUUUACAAACUCUUUGGCAUUUCCAGGAAGGGUUGUUUCACCCAAAGCAGAGCUAGAGGAGGAAUACUUCCAACUGUGUGAAGUUAAUGAACGAAACGGUGCUGACCGUGCCCAUAAAAGAAUCGACAUGUCCCAUUUGAGAGUGUUUUGCAUUGACAGUGAGACAGCACAUGAAAUCGAUGAUGGUGUGUCCAUUGAGCAUAUUGGGAAGGAGAAAACUCGUCUUCAUAUCCAUAUUGCUGACCCAACUUCCUAUCUUGAGGACGAUUCUACUCUGAUGAAAGUUGCAUUUGAGAGAGCAUUCACAACUUACCAACCAGAAACUAUCAGUGCUAUGUUCCCAAAGGGGAUGAGUGACAUGGCUGGUUUGGGCGUUGAUGGAAAAGUCACUAGAGCUAUGACUUUUUCAAUCGACGUUGAAAGGGACUCGGGGGUUGUGGAUUUCUCUUCUGCCCAGGUCAACGCAACGUUGGUAUCGAAAUUCCCCAAAUACACAUAUGAUGAUGUUGAUAGAACUCUUUCAGAAGCUUUCAAUGUGGAAAAUCAGGAGCACAAUGACCUGAGGGAAAUGAGCAACCUCAGUGUUUUGUUGAGAGCCAACAGAAUUCAGGAAGGCGCUGUUGUCUAUCCAGACACGUUGAGUGUCCAGGUGCGCGUUCAUCCGCAGGGGAAUGUAACGGACGGUGAGAAGCUAGACGGCGCUACUGACGACGAGGCAGUGUCAUUCGAAGGUCAGAAAUCCACCCAAUCAGUAAUAUUAGUCACGGAGUUUAUGAUUCUGGCCAACAAGAUAGCAGCCACAGUAUUGAAGAACAAUGGCUUACCAGGAGUCUUCAAGACCAUGCCAGCACUUCCAUUAGCUGGAUCAGCCUCUGAAGUGGUUAAGAAUUUGAACGAGCGUUCAAAGGAAGGUUGUAUGAACUUGUCAGAUCUUGUAAAGUCUUUCAAGUUUGUUACUCCAGCAGUGUAUUCGCAUCGUGCAGGACCCCAUGUAAUGCUAGGCGUUGAGCGUUAUGCUCCUUCAACCUCGCCGCUAAGACGCUUUGGUGAUGUUGUGAAUCACAUGCAAUUCCAUAGUCUUCUCAAUGGAGAGAAGAUGGUUUUCAACGACGAGCAAGUGCUUUCCAUGGUGCUUCACAUCGAAGCACGUAAUGAUAUCUUGAAAAAGGCAUCCCGUGGUUCCUUGACUUACUACUCAAUGAAGGCUUUGAAAGACAGGAUCAGCGAGGACGGCACUGUGGACGCUCAAUUUAUAGUGGUAUCACCAUCCAUCGGGAACACGGCAAACGGUCUACUUCUCGAAUAUGGUGUCUUUGGCAAGAUGACGCUGGUGGAAGGAAGACAUCCACCAAGCAUUGGUGAUAUUAUUGAACGCUUUAGAGUACACGAACUAGACCCCGUGGGGCUCAAUCUGGUUCUCGAAGAGAUAGACUAGAGGAGGAACAUAGUGUACAUAUACAG